AUGGAGCCUCUCCAACCAGUGCUUGACAGCAACAGCAGUGUUCCUCUUUCUGAUACCUCAUUGGCAGCUAAUAAUAACACUGCAGACAUUCAGGAAGAAGUGUGUGAUCCAGUGGCAGCUCCUGAUACAGGUACCACAGUUGAUGAUGAUGGGGACCUUGUGAUUAAUAAAGACUUGGGUGUUGUUCAAAGAGACAAGACGUUUCAGGAGGCAAGUCUUUCCGUGGAGCCCUUACAUCCGUCUUCUGAGGAGGCAGAUAUGAUUGAUAAGCUCUUGGCGGAGGAAAUGGAUAAGCUGUCGUUUGAAGAAAAGGAGCGGACCACGUUUGACAUUCAUGGGAUGGCCCAGGAAUCUCACGAUCCUGAGAACAUAAAUGAGCUGCUGGAGCAAUUGGAGCAGGAAAUUCGAAAGAUACCCAACCGAAAAGCAUAUGAAAAAGCCAAGUAUUUGAAUGAAGAAUAUGUAACGGGUCGGGAGUUUCGGCUCCUGUUUCUUCGCUGCGAAAAGUUUGAUGUCAAGUCGUCAGCGCAAAGAAUAGUAACACAUUUGGAGAACAAAAUGGAUAUGUUUGGCGGCGGACCUGCCUUGGCCCGAAAGCUGCGUUUGAGUGAUCUCAAUGAAGAUGAUGAUGUCAAGGCUCUCAAAUCAGGGGCAUGGCAGCUCUUGCCUGAGUGUGAUGCUUCUGGCCGUCUGGUCGUGGCAUUUUCACCUACUUGUAUAGAUGGCUCUCUGGCUGCGAAAUGUCAUCAACGUGCCUUCAUGCUUUUCAUAAUGUCGAUUCUCCAAACUGAGGAUGCACAAAAGAAGGGCAUUGUUAUUGUGAUGUGGUGGUCAGGGCAUUCUCUGCUACAAGUACAACAAAGUCUAUUCACCCAAGCACAGCUAAUGAAGAAACUCAGGCCUGGGAUCCCUCGCAGGGUGGCUGGUGUCCAUUUCCUGCUCAGCCAAAAAUGUCUACGCCCGUUGGUUGGUGGCAUUCGUUGGUUCCUCCACGAGGAACUGAGGGCUCGAAUCCGAGUUCACUUUGGGGACUUUGAACAGCUCAAAUUUGCAUUGCAGACCUUUGGAAUCUCAACAGAUCGUUUCCCAUUCCGUCCAAAUAAUGAACCCAUCGAUCUGGAGAAUCAUCUUCAAUGUAUUCAGAGCUGGCGCAAGCAGGAAGAAAAAGGCAACACAAGUGGCAUUGAUAUCAUAGUCCCCCGUCGAUUUGAUGUCCUCUUUGGACGAGGACUUCAAACAAGGAAUCACACAGGCAACCUGAGAGCUGCACAUAUUGCUGACAUGUUUCGAGACAAGUAUGAGGCGGCACGAAAGUAUGAAAAGACAGCAAUUGCUGCACGCAUUGUCACAAUUAUCCUAGAAUCGCACGGUCGGUUUUUGAAAUGGGAAGACAAUGCAUGGGAAGGAGUGGACCAAGAAACCGCAAGGAACAAGAUUUCCCACUUUUAUCGAAACACGCGCAACACAGAUUGCCCCAGCAAAAGCAAGGCAUCUCCAUCUGAUGGCUCUGCCAAUGUUGGAGCAACCAGCUCAGAGGGCAAUUCGUUGGCUUCAGCUUUGUCUAAGCGGGCACAAUCAGAUUCAAUGCAACAAUCACCACAGCAAAUUCAGAAACUGUGCCAACGGGAUAGCGAGCUCAAUAAUGGGUUGUCGAAAGGUUGA